CCGCAAUGAUAAAGUAGUGCGACUCGCAUGAUGAUAAACCGACCACGGUUCUCGAUCAUCGCCAUUCAGCAAUAGCUUUACUUACCGUUACGUCGCACCCUUUUAUUCACGUCAUCAUGGACUUCCUCAAAGCGGCAGACAUCACGCACCCCAAUGGCCAAACGACUCAUUACUACGAAGGCGGCACUAGCAACGGCAUCCCCCUCAUCUUCAUUCACGGAUGGCCCGACUUAGCGGAAAUCUGGAAGCAUCAACUCGAGCAUUUCACAUCUGGUGCUGCAGGCUCCGAAUACCGUGUGAUCGCACCUGAUAUGCGCGGUUACGCAGGCUCUUCAAGCCCGAAAGACAGGCGCGCGUACUCUCUCGAGACCCUCAAUGGCGAGCUUGUAGAUUUCGCGAAGCAACUUGGCAUCACAAAGGCAGUGUGGGUUGGCCAUGACUGGGGUUGUGGCGUUGUCAGCUCGCUUGCGGCACACCACCCUGAGCUGUUCCUCGGUCUCACUGUCAUUGCGGUACCCUACCGGACCAUCGAACUCGGUCUUGAUUACCUCGUCUCGUUGGUCAAUCGCGACAUUUACCCGGAGGAUGAGUAUAAGUACGGCCAAUGGGAUUACAUGAAGUAUUAUGAGCUGCACUCUGAGAAGUGUGUGGACGUCUUCGAUAGUGCGAUUGACAGAGUCACAAAAGUAUUGUACCUGCCGCACGACCCCAACAACCAUGGCAAACCCAAUAUUAGAACUGCUAGGCAACUAAAAGAUGGGGGCUGGUUCGGCGGCAACCCUGAUAAUGUUCCAGACAUUCCUUUGGAAAAAACAUUGAUCGAUCAAUCGCUGUACGACAACAUGGUUGCCAGCCACAAGAAGCAUGGCUGGUUCCCGCCCUCAGCAUACUAUCUGAAUCACGAUGUCAAUGCUGAGUAUGCAAAGAGCGAAAAGAAUGGUGGCAAGCUACUGUUCCCUGUCUUGUACAUUGACCCAAAGUAUGAUGGUGUUUGCUCUCCAAGCGCUACGCCUAAGAUGGGCGAGAGCCAGAGGGAAGUGGUUCAAGAUCUGACGUACGUAACGAUCGAGUCGGCGCAUUGGGUCCAGAUUGAGAAGCCGAGUGAGGUAAACAAGGCGCUGGAGACUUGGCUCGACAACAACAUCCAGUACAAGUGUUGAUGUUUGUGGGAAGCGAACAUUUCUGUAGUCAUUCAAAUACCGAAUAAAGCAACUGGUACUAUGCA